UUGCUAAUUGAAGAUCCUCCGCCUGACCCACCUCAGGCCUGCGCCGAUCCCAUACCACCUCCAUCAGCCUCGUCGUCGUACUCGUCAAAAGAAUACGAUGCUGCCAAUCUGUUGAUUGAUUACGGUAAUCAAACACAACCCACUCGCCAGUCGUCUAUGGUCGCAUCGCAGGCCCUCAUGGUUAAUUCCUGUGCACCAACGCAUUCACAGGUCUAUUUUUCACCACUUCAAGGCACGCAUUCGUCCAAUCGAGCCAAUUGUUUUCGUUAA